AUGCAUAAUGAUACUUCUGAGUUUCUUCUCUGGGAAUUCUCAAAGAUUUGGGAGCUACAGAUUAUGCAUGUGGCUUUGCUACUGAUAUUCUAUUUAAUGACUGUAACAUGGAAUCUUCUCAUUAUCUCAGCUGUUGUUUGUGACCACCAUCUUCACACCCCCAUGUACUUCUUCCUGAUGAAUUUAGCCAUGCAAGACAUUGGUUCAGUAUCAGUCAUUAUUCCUAAAACUCUUUUUAAUUUUCUUACAAAUAUAAGAAGUAUUUCUCAUUCUGGAUGUGUUGCCCAAGUCCUGUUUUUGUUAUUUUUCCUGAGUUGUAAUAUUUCUCUCCUUACUGCCAUGGCCUAUGAUCGAUAUAUUGCCAUCUGUAACCCUUUACAUUAUGAAAUUAUAAUGAACAGGAAGGCCUGCACCAAGAUCAUUGCUGGUGUAUGGACUGCCAGCCUUCUUAAUGCAUCAUUACACACUGUUUUCACUUUUAUGACUCCUUUCUGCUCUAAUAGUAUAAACCAAUUUUUCUGUGAAGUUCCAUAUUUACUUAAGAUUGCCUGUUCUGAAUUAUAUGUAUCUGAAGGAUUUCAAAUUUUCAGUGCUAUGUUAGCCAUUGGUUGUUUUGCCUUUGUCAUUGUGAGUUAUGUACAUGUCUUCUCAGCAGUUCUUAGAAUUCCUUCUGUUCUAGGAAGAAAAAAGGCCUUCUCUACUUGCUUACCACAUGUGGUUGUUUUCUUCAUAUUUUUAUUUACUUCUUGCCUUGCUUACCUCAGACCUACAGCUGACAAUGAAUCACAUCCAAACUUCAUAAUAACAAUAAUGUAUUCCAUUAUUCCAUCUAUGUUGAAUCCGUUAAUCUACAGCAUGAGGAACAAAGACAUCAAGGUUGCUCUUUUGAAACUUUUUGGUAAAAAAAAAUAUUGUUUUUUUAAGGAGAAUAUGUUGUACAUCUUAUUUUCAAAUAAGAGACAGUAA